AUGCUCAGUGGGACUCUGGACAUUGGAGGCAACCUAUACUGCAUUGGGAACAGCAGCACUGGCGGGGGAAGAGGGUUAGAAAACGACUGUGGCCCUGAGGAUAAGAAUUCUGUCAAGGCUAAGCUGCUCCUGGAGAAGGGCCAGCCCAGGAAAGGGGAGCGGAAGCCCAGCAUGGGCGGGGAGGUGCUGGCCACCCCCAGAAGCUCCCAGCUGCCCAACAGGACGUGUAAGGAGUCUGGGGUAGAAAGGGGGAAAGAGCAAGACCAGGCAGAGACGGAAGAGGGCCCUCCGGAGAGGAGAGGACGCCAGUUCCUGGCGCGGACCCAGCUGGCCCCUUAUCUGACCUGCCCCCAGGAGAGCCAAAGUCCAAAGAAGCUGGUGCCGAGCACCCCGUGGCUCCACUGGGCAGCCCGGCACAGGACCCAGCCAUCCCCCUUAGCUACCUCCCUGACCCCCCGCGAUGGGGACGCCCUGGAGGGAGGCCCUGGAGAGCCGGGCCGUGGACGCUGGCUUGCUGCCCACAGCCCCUACCUGGAGCACUUGUCAGGAGAUGGAGAAGCACCGCAGGCCGCGCAGCAGGCGAACUUCCCUGCUCUGCCUCCCCCUCCGGCCCCCGCACCAGCCCUGCUGCCCAACCACAUCCAGCGGCCUCCAUCGUCAUCUUGCAGCACCCCGGGGCCACUCCACGGCCACCCUGGCCUGGGUGCACGACAUCCUCCGGCCCCACCGACGCCAUCCUGUCGCACCUCACGCACUCCGUCAUCCCCGCCACCGCCACCUUCCUGGCCCGUCCUCACCACAUCCACCCGGGCCCUUCACCUUCCACCCAGUCCCGCACGCUGCCCUCUCCCCAACCCUGCUCGCCCCUCGGGCCGGGAGCCACCCAGGCCAGGGCAGGCGCCCCGAGAUUCUCCCCUCGGGGUGUGGGGCCGAGGCCGCCCCCUGGGUGGGCAGCGUCCAGCGUCCGGGAGCCAAAGAGCGGAGCUUGGGCUUGCAGGGCUGGGCUGCGGGUGAGGCUUGCUUUGGGUUCACUAUCACGGAUCCCCUUCCUCCUCGUGCUGUCCUCCUUUCCUGUGUUUGUGGGCUAGGGAGCUCCCGUCUGCUGCCCACGCCUUCAGGUCGUCACCUCCACGUGGCCCCUCUUUCUUGCCUCUACUUUUUAUCCUGCUCCUCUCUAUCAGCCCCGACACACUUUCCUUGUCUCUGACACGUGGAAGGUCCCGGCCAGUGAGUACUCUGCAGCCUGUGGGAGGCGACA